CCCGGAGCCAAAAGAGCCAGUGAGGAGACGCUAGAGCAGCUGACUGUAGAAAGAACAAACUGUCCUCAACUCCGCUGCAUGGCUGGCUCACCACCUACUUAAUUAACGGAGCUUCUUCCUCUUCUACUCCUGCUCCUCUUUUUCACUUUUCUGCUCCACUCCAUCCUAACACAUCUCUAGAACCUUGGUGAGGACGGGUGAAUUCAUUUGUAUUCUAUCCACUUUGUUUAGCUUUCUUCCCUCUUUCUGUACACCGUCCGAGGUUUUCUAAGCCGGACAGAACACAAUGCGGUCUGUCGCGCCUUUUCUCCUCAGCCUGCUGAGCGCCACUGCGGUGGUCUCGGCUGCUGAUGACCAGCCCGAGGUCAAGUCGGAUGUGGUUUCUCUCACCAAGGACAACUUCGACGAGUUCAUCAAGGAGCAUGACUUGGUCCUGGCCGAGUUCUACGCUCCCUGGUGCGGUCAUUGCAAGGCUCUGGCCCCCAAGUACGAGGAAGCUGCUACUCAGCUGAAGGAGAAGGACAUCGCGCUGGUCAAGGUCGACUGCACCGAGGAGGAGGAAGUGUGCCGUGGCCAGGGUGUCGAGGGCUAUCCCACCCUGAAGAUCUUCCGUGGUCUUGAUGAUGUGAAGCCCUACCAGGGUGCCCGCCAGGCGGAUGCGCUCGUGUCGUACAUGGUCAAGCAGUCCCUCCCCGCGGUUUCGACCGUUACCGAAGACAACCUGGAAGAGGUCAAGACGAUGGAUAAGAUUGUGGUCAUUGGCUACAUCGACUCCGACGAUAAGAGCAGCAACGAGGCGUUCACAUCCUUUGCCGAGUCCCAGAGGGAUAAGUACCUCUUCGCGUCGACCAGUGAUGCCGCCAUCGCCAAGGCUGAGGGUGUUAAGCAGCCCUCUCUGGUUCUGUACAAGGAUUUCGAUGAGAAGAAGGCCAUCUACAAGGGUGAUCUGGAACAGGACGCUAUCUUCGACUGGGUGAAGACCGCCAGCACUCCUCUUGUUGGUGAGCUCGGCCCCGAAACCUACUCCGACUACAUCACUGCCGGCAUUCCUUUGGCCUACAUCUUCGCCGAGACCCAGGAGGAGCGUGAGAAGUACGCCGAGGACUUCAAGGCCAUCGCCGAGAAGCACAAGGGUGCCAUCAACAUUGCCACCAUUGACGCCAAGAUGUUCGGUGCCCACGCCGGCAACCUCAACCUCGACCCCGAAAGGUUCCCUGCCUUUGCCAUCCAGGACCCCGAGAAGAACGCCAAGUACCCCUACGACCAGUCCAAGGAGAUCAAGGCCAAGGAUGUUGGCAAGUUCAUCCAGAACGUUCUCGAUGGCAAGGUUGAGCCCAGCAUCAAGUCGGAGCCUAUCCCUGAGACCCAGGAGGGCCCUACGACCGUCGUCGUGGCGCACUCGUACCAGGACCUCGUCAUCAACAAUGACAAGGACGUUCUGCUCGAGUUCUAUGCCCCGUGGUGCGGCCACUGCAAGGCUCUCGCUCCCAAGUACGACGAGCUUGCCACCCUCUACGCUGACUUCCCCGAGGUCACUAUCGCCAAGAUCGAUGCGACCGCCAACGACGUCCCGGAUUCCAUCACCGGGUUCCCCACCAUCAAGCUCUACCCCGCCGGCAGCAAGGACUCGCCGGUUGAGUACUCUGGCGCUCGCACCCCCGAGGCCCUUGCCGACUUCAUCAAGGAGAACGGCAAGCACCAGGUUGACGCCCAGGCCGCUGCCGAGAAGAAGGCAGAGGAGGGUGGUGAGGAUGCGGCCGAGAGUUCGUCUGCCUCGAGCAGCGAAGCUCCCGCCGCUACCGGCGACCAUGACGAGCUUUAAACGCUUGAUCACGAUGAUGAAAUCUAGUUCCUGAAUGAUACUGUAAACUAUCGUUUUACCGCAUUGCCCUUGUUUGUCCCACACGUGUAUCUGUCUUGAGUCAAGUCAGUCGUAGUCAAU